AUGGUCAUAACAGGAAAUGAUGAGAAGGCCAUUGAUGAUCUCAAGAAGUUCCUUAAUAGUUGUUUCAAAAUUAAAGAUCUUGGAUCGCUAAAAUAUUUCCUUGGUAUUGAGGUUGCACGUUCCAAAGCCGGAAUUACAAUUUGUCAACAGAAAUACACAUUGGACAUAUUAGAGGAAGCUGGAUUACUCAGAGCAAAACCAGCAAAGGUUCCCAUGGAACCUGACUUGGUACUAACGGAAACAGGGAGUGAAGCCCUUAAGGAUCCCACUCGAUACCGAUGGUUAAUUGGGAAGCUAAUCUACCUUACAAUCAGUCGGCCAGAGAUCACAUACUCUGUGAAUACUCUUAGUCAAUUUAUGCAGGAACCAAAGUUGCAUCACCUCAAAGCUGCACAUAAACUCCUCAAAUACUUGAAGGCAACUUUGGGGAAAGGCUUGUUAUUUCCCUCGAAUGGUCCACUUCACUUGGUUCGAUACUAUGAUGCCGACUGGGCAAGAUGCCCGAUUAUACGACGGUCAGUGACAGGUUAUUGUAUUUUCCUGGCAAGUCACUUGUGUCAUGGAAAAGUAAGAAGCAAGCAACGGUGUCAAGAUCAUCAGCGGAAGCAGAAUAUCUCUCCAUGGCUGUAG